AUGGAUGACUUGCAUCAAGUGGCGUCGUGUAAUUCCACAACAAUGCACAAUUUCCUCGAAAUGGUGUUGUCCGUCAAAAUACUGAAAAUAACUGGAAUAAAGGAAAAGCAGACCUGUGCUCGAAUGGGCCGUCCUGGAACUUCGAGGUUUACACCCAAGGGAAUCCUUAAUUCUGAACGACAUGUUCUACCACCGUGGAUCCACGGCAUCCUACAGAAUCUGACUUUGGCCACAUUCACUACUCAUUCACAUUGUAUUGGAUAUGGCUGUAUUCGAGAGCAAUCCUUAUUUGAACGAAAAAACAAUGUCGAGGACGGAGAUAGAGCGGACGAGGAAAUCUUGACCGAAGAACAACUACAACGCAAAGAACAGCGGAUAAACAGGAGAAGGGAAUAUGAAAAGCAAAGGAGAACAAAGCAGCAAAAGAAAACUGUGGAGAAAGUCCUCAAAAAGCAGGUUGGACGGAAAAAGAAAUUGAAAUCCGCCGUUUCAGAACAAGUCAGCAUGAUUUCCACUCUCUCCACAAGAUCGGGGACUCUAAUAAGUUACCCCGAGAACUACGAACCGGCAGAAAUCAGUCUACCUCCGCCACGAGAAAUGACCUGUGGGGCGGCUGGCUGUUCGAAUUCGAGGAAAUACGCCUGUUCUUCCACGGGUGUGCCUCUCUGCAGUUUAGAGUGCUACAAAAAACUUAAUUUUAGUUAAUUUAUAUUAUUUACGGAAUUUUAAACUGACG